AUGACCCAAUUAAAGGUCGGGUCUAAUCGGGCUGCCCGUCGGGCCAGUGCAGUGGGAAGCCUUGGUGCCGGCCCCGCUCGGUCAGACUCAGGACUCAGGUCCGAGUUCCGACUUAGCAUCGGACAGAAGGGAAUCUCAAUCGACACUCUUGACGAACGUCGCGGGCGCGGCCGAUACUCAUUCAACCCUCGACCUGGACAAACAUCGGUAUAUUGCCAGCCUCUAGGCUCCUUCCUCAACAAUUGCGUGGAUUGUCAGUGGUCACGCCGGUCUUGCUACGCUAUCGCUAGGCUCCUCAACGGUCUCACUACGCUAUUGCUAGGCUCCUCACCGGUCUUGCUACACUUUGCUCUCUCACUACGCUUUCGCUAG